AUGUCUCUCUUGCAUGACCCAGAUUAUAUCUCCCAUGCUCUCCGGCUGACCUACCUUCGCCAUGUCGAGGAUCCGUAUGGAAGUCGCAUUAUUUCUUUCAAUCCACUUUACAAUGCCAAUCCAUACAUACGCGCGGCAGGAUUCGCCGAUACAGACGCGUGGCCUCAACUAACCCAACCUGAGAGUCCCAAGCCAGUCGAAUCUCAACUAGCUCCUCCGCCAUCUCCAGGCCAACAAGAUGGAUUUCUAAGGAGAGUACAAGAUGACGAUACGUCAGUAGCUCCUGAAGCUGGAAUAUAUCCAGGUGCGAAUCUCAAGUAUAGUGACACUAUUAUGGGUCCGUCACGUACCGGCUUGGCCGGUAUGCGAGUAUCUGGCAGGCGACACUCUGGCCAACUACGCGGAGGGUCCGUACGCUCAGCUAGCGCUCUUUCGGAAAGUCAAUCACGACUGCGAUCCGAUUCAGCACCUAAUCUCGUUCCUGGAAGCGCCAAUCCUCAUGCAAUCGGCUCCAAUGUUCUAUCGGACACCGCUCUUGCCACAGAUACUAUACCUACAAACGAUGAUGAACGAACACAAAAGCGCAAUUCUGCUGGCUCGGGGGUCCAUAUGGCUUCUGUUUCCUCUCCUGAUGUUGUUACUACCACUAAUGUUGCUGCUGCGAGCAAUGGUAGUACUCCUACUGCUACAUUGUCAGGUCCUGGCCGUCUCGCACCGGAGACUCCCGUUGGUUCUCCUGGUCAAACACAAUCAGUGCAGCCUCCAAUUGUCAACAUACCGAUAUUUGCGCGUGCUGCUGAGAUGGAAGAGAGGAGAAGACAACGUAUCAGGGCACGAUUUGCGCCUUCACCGUCCAAUCUUACCCCUACGAGUACUGAGCCCACUCCACCUCAGGUCUCAAGAGGAAACACGCCCGCACCUCGCAGAGCGGCGGACACACUUUCUCUCUCAGGUACCAUUGACUCUAGGACUUCUCGAGACGAAGAAGGCUCAGCGACCAUUGACGGCGAAGGAGAUGUAACUGGCGUGCUUGAGGACUCGGAGGAUGAUGAUACGGACGAAGAUGGAGAUGGGGACGCAGAUCCUGAUGGAGACGAUAUGGAUGCUGAUAUGGCCGAAAGCGGUGACCCAGAUGACCUUUCACUGCUAUAUAAUCCGACAUUCACCACUACGAACGUCAACCCAUCGGGAAGCUCUGAUGAAAACUCUUUCCUUUCUGGCAAUUCAGCAAACUCGCUUUCCCAACACCAAUCCCAAUCGUUCGCUCCUCCAAUUCCACGUGCUCGUCGUCUGAGUCCAGUUACUGAAUCAACGUCAGAAAAUCUCAUAUCCUCAACACGGCACACUCCCCAAAGUGUCCGUAUUCCGAUGCCGCGUCCUAUUUCUAUUCAUUCUCCCCCGGCACCACCCACUCCUAGAGCAUCCGGUACACGCUCACGCGCUUAUUCUAGCGCAGCCGGUUUUCGUGUUCCAUCCCCUGAAGAGCCGCCUAUGGUGUUCACGCGGUUGCCUGUUCCAACUCGUGGAUUGAGCGACAGGUCGGCGCUGACCGAGGCACUUGCAGCCCGCUCCACCGUUUCGGAUAAUCCAUUUACGGAGUUAUAUAGCGCCAUAUCUGGAAGAGCUGAACAGGGUGCGAUUCCGUUCCGACUGUGGUUCCCGCACGCAAACAAAGUCAAAGACAAGGACCGUCGUGGGCGCACUAUUGAAAAAUCUUUCUCGCUCGAGGUCAAGGUUCGCAAGGACGCGCUCGCCGAGGAAUUGAUUGGAUUUGGCCUUUGGGCAUACUGGGAAAGUAGUCAAGAGCCAAGGCUGGACGAAGGACUCCAGGGGAAGACCCAGGCCGAACGGGAUGCUCGCCUCAGUGCUGCCGGUUGGAAUCUAAGGAUGUGGGAGGACGGCGAGGUGGAUACAGAUUUUCCACCUAUUGCAAGAACGCAGACUAUGACACAGAUCAAAACGUUCGAAGAGCUUGCCAUUGUCGAAGCCACUCCAGAACAAGUACAACAAAACAUAGCUGCCGAGGCAUCGAUUGCUCGGCGCCCUUCUCGUAUGAUGGUGACUAAACCUCGUCAGGACUCGAAUACUACUGGUGGUUUAGCCCCACCGGGUGCGGUUCCCGGCCAGACAGGUCCUGUAGCAAUGAUGUCCAGCUCAGAUGUUGUUACGUCCAAUAUCUUGACUGGAGCGUCUUUCGGCGGAACUACCAGUGUAAUGCCGGGCGGACCUUCAAUUUUCCUUAGAAUUAAAGUUGCAGCGAAGGCAGACGUGCACUAUAGCACAACUAUCAACGUCACGGCCGAUACGUAUAUGGCUGAUGUGCUCGAGCAUGUUUGCCGAAAACGACGCCUGCAAGAUGUCAAAGAGUGGGCUCUGAUGACGGAAAACCCAUCCAUCCUCAUCCCUCUCGACCGCACUGUUGCUAGUCUGACUGGAACAAAAGAGCUUCUUUUGGUAAAACGAUCCCUAUUGGACAGUCUGGGAUUGGGGAAACACUCGAGGGUACCCCGAAGCUCGGACCCGAAUGCGUCUAUUUUUGAUAUGCUGCAAGAUGCGAACCCCGGCCGGGGUUUCAGUUCGUCGAUGGAUUAUCGCGAAGCGUACAAGGCAAGUCGGAACCGUCAAAAAUUCACUGUGCAUCGUAAGAUUCCAAUGCUUGUUGGUCGUCAUGAGCGAAUCAUCGCAAUAGACGGGGAUUACAUCCAUAUUAUGCCAUCGAAUAACCGCGCGUUCUUGGACACCAUGAAGACGAGCUCGUAUCACAUCAAGACUGUUAUGGGGUGCAAGAAGACAAAGAAAGCGCCGAAUAGUAUCAAGCUAGUCGUACUUAGAGACGGCGGGAGCAAACGCUACGAUUUUGAAGCAGAGGAUGAGAAACAAGCUGGUGAAAUCGUUGAGACUAUCAAAAAUCUGCAGAAACAGUAUAUGCAAGAUCGAACAGGUACAUUGAACAAAGCCAAGACGGUGAAGCGGCCGAAGGCGGCUCGUUAG